CCUAGACAAUAUUAGAAUAUGUUAUAUAACCUAGACAAUAAUAGAAGAUGAUGUGCUCAUAAUCGUGCUUCAUACAAAUGUUAUUGUGGUGUUUUUGCUAAAUUUUGUUAACUCAAAAGUGAUAAUAGAGGAUGAAUUAUGGCGUCGUUUCCCGAGCACGAGGAACACGUGAGGAUUUCAUUUCAUGUCGUCGAUGGACAGAUUCGUUCCAUGUGUAUAGAUAAUACUCAUGGACUUGCUGCUCUCUGACAGAGAGGAGUUAAAACAAAUUAUUUUACAUAUCAGAUGAAUAAAUGAAAUUGAAUGCUCUUAAACAAGCAAUCAGAUUUUUGAAUGUGCACUAUGAAAAGGAUGCGAUUAAUUGGAAAAUAAUGUAAAAUGUCAUCCAUGUCUGGCUUUGCGCAUCCGGGAAACGCUACGAAUAACGCAGCGGCAACCGGGUUGAAUGUGCCGGUAACCGGCAGCGCUUCUAUGAGUGGUGCUUCCUGUGGCUUAAGGCAGCGGCCUGAUUCAGCACCCACUUAUAACUACACUUUACCACUUCCCACGACGGGAUAUGAAUUUUAUCAUCAUCACCGCCACCAUCUGGCUUAUGUGUUCGAGACAAGGCUAUCAGAUAAACCAGUACGCUCAGAAUGGAGCGCCAGUCUGAUAUCGCCUGGUGUGUCCGUGCCGAUAGCCGUCCCAAGGCAACACCCAGAAUUGAGCGUGCAGUAUUGGCCACGUCUACAGUGAUGUAAAACACCACAGCUAUCCAAAUGGAAUUGAUCAGUUACACGUAAUAUAAAUACUUACGUAUUUAGAUACGUAAUUAAUUACUUGAAAACCUUAUGCUUCAGAAUUUUUCUUUAUAAAACUUUUUACAACAUUCAUAUAAAAUUGUAAAAUUUGAGUACUGACAAAACUUGCGAGUGAAACUGUAUUUAUGUUUUCUCAGUAUUUUUAUUAAGUUAUUAAAUAAUGUAUGUAAAUAA